UGUCACCUUCAACAUGAUCGCAUCUAGCCAUGCAUGAACUACGGUGUCCGAGAAGGGACAGGAACACUACUCGUAGCGAAACUCAUUCAGCCGGUUGGUUGACUUGAUAGAUUGAAUAAAGUUAUUACACUUUUUACGCGUAAAUGUUUAUUACUAUGAUUGCAAAUUGAGCAGCCUAGUAUUCAUGAAUAUUAUAUAUGUUAUAUAAAAAAUAUUGUUAGGGCUUAUACGGUAUUUAUAAGCAGUUAUGUGAAAAAAAAACAGACUUAAAUAUUUUCAGUGUUGUGCUCUUUUAUAGUUUUCAUUUACUCAUUUGGUAAAUGUUUUCGCGUUUACUGACUUUAUGUGGCAGUUUCUUUGCAGACUAAAUAGGCUAUUAGGCCGAAUUAUUUUAUUUUUUAUUAAUUAAAUACAUUUAAAAACAAUACAUAAUGCCUUGAAAUGGAUAAAACUGUAUAAUUAGAGUUUUAUAAAACGCCAUAAGUUACUCUCAGCUCCACUUCAAUCAGUUUGUAGCAAACGGAUGGUACACAUUCAUACAAUCAUGUUGUGUUAAUAGGCUAUAUGUAUUUUUUAAAGUAAUUUGUUAAUAUUAUUAUUAAUAAUGGGCUAUAUGUAACUUAUAAAUAACUAAUGCUUAUAUAGCCUACUUCUACAUAAAAUAAAUAGCUUUUCCAUAUUUAUUGAGUGUUGAUCAGUGUCUAGUCCAGAUAUUCCUGAACAUUAAAUAAACUUCUCCAAAACCGGAAGUUAGAUUUCAUUGUAUUUAUUAUUUGUUGUGUGUUCAUUUUUUCAGGUAAUGUUUCUCUUCGCUACACUUUAGUAUUCAGCCUUUAAUUUUCAUUAUUAAUUCAUCACAUUGAUUUAUUCUCGAGGGUUUCCUUUUCUGUGUGACGUCAUCGGUUUCCAGGGCCGACGGAUUGUCUGGUCAUCUCCAAGGCAACGGAAAGCGUCAGCUGCAACAGGCCAUUACGUUCAACCAGCAUUAGCUUCUUUUACUGGAGAUUUUGUGCCUCAUUUUUUUUUUUAAAUCUGUUUGCUGUUGUAGUUGUUUGCUUUGCUGAGAUUUGAGAAGGUUUAAUUUAAGAUUUAAUACAUUUAUAUUUUUCUGAAUGGAGUCUCUUGGAGUAUCAUCGGCUCAACACCUGCAGGCACUUUCUGCCUUAUUAUCAACUCAGCAGGAGGAGGAGGAGGAAUGUGAAAAUGUGACAUCGUCUGCACGGCUUGGUCCUGGACAUAUUGGCCCCCUGCCCAAAAAAGAUAAAGAAGUGUCAACUGCCUACAUGAAGAAGGACAGCAAAGAUAUCUGGAGUCCGGAAGAGGUGGCUGAGGGCUCGCAGUACGAUGAUCUUUCUGACCCACGGCCACAGCCUGAGUAUGAAGUAAUCCUCAAGCAGAGUGUGGGGACAGAAGAUCUGUUCUUGGGCUUGAAUGGAAAGGAUCCAUCCUCCAUGUGCUGUGAAGCUAUGCUGGUGAAAAUAAAACUCCCAGAGACUAAAGCAACUGAUGUCGUCCUGGAUGUAAAAGAAAAAUUCCUUGAUCUGCGGACGCCGAAAUAUAAACUGGGUCUUCAUCUCCCACAUCCCACUCACAGCCCCGGGGGUAAGGCUCAGUUCUUCAGUGAGAGGGAGGAACUGGAGGUGACUCUGCCAAUGAAACGCCCCAUGGAUUUUCUCAUCAUGCAAUAGGAAUGAAUGACAACAGCCAACAAGUAUUGAAAAGACACAUAGAUGUGAAAAACAGUGAACAGUAGGAGAUGAAGCACACACGCUGUGAAGUGGUCAUGGAGAAAAAACUGCUUAUCAUUUCUCUGACCAUCUCUUUACGAAUUUCAUGGUCAUUUCACAUCUCUGCUCACAGACUCGAUGACCAAUAAAAUGUGAGUUUGUA